GCAUUGGAGCACAAUUUUAUUAGCUGUGGUAUCAAUUUAUUUUGAUUGACGUUUCGUAAAAUGAUUUAUUUUUGUAUCAAAAACCUGCUCCUGGAAUUAGCUAAAUAAGUAUAGUGAGACUUUCAGAGUGGUCAUUUCCACCUACGGUAUUUUAAAAGUGCCAAGAAAAAUGAUUAUUUCGCGGUCUAAGCACCGCUCAUCGGUGGAGAUUUGCGCCGACUGUGGUGCAUCAGAUCCGUCAUGGGCUUCGAUCAACCGCGGGCUGCUGCUGUGCGCCGAGUGCUGUAGUGUUCACCGCAGCAUGGGCCGUCACAUCUCGCACGUUAAAUCUUUACGGCAGGGCUCCUGGCCACCAUCGCUCCUGGCGAUGGUGCAAGCACUGACAGCUCAGAAUGUGAACUGUAUUUGGGAACACUCAUUACUGGACACCUCAGCACCCAAGCACCUUCGCAAGAAGCCACAGCCAAAAGACCCUUUACACCCAGUGAAAUCCGAGUUCAUCCUAGCAAAACACUUAAGGUUAGCAUAUGUACUGAGAGCAAGGAGAGAUGAACCCCCAAGUGAGCUAGGACGACAGCUGCACAGUGCAGUCCGGAGCUCAUCCCUAGACACUGCUAUGAGACUCUUGGCACAGGGAGCUGACCCCAACUAUUACAAUCAGGAGAAGGGCACGACAUGCCUGCACGUGGCGUGUCGCGCGGGGCAGCCGGCGCAGGCCGAGCUGCUGGUGGCGUGGGGCGCCGAGCCCACCGCGCGCGACCACGCAGGCAACACGCCCGCCGACUGCGCCAGACAAGGCGGGCACUCUGAGCUGGCGGAGCGGCUGACGGAGCUGGUGUACGAGGCCACGGACCGCAUGAUCUACUUCCUGACGGGCGAGCGGCCCGAGCACGCGGCCGGCCGACACUACAUAGUGCCGCGCGCGCACGACACGCACGAGAUGACCGACGUGGCCAAGGCCGCCAGGGGGAAGCUGCAGCUGUUACCGAAUCAUCUAUUCGAAGAGCUUGUUAUGGAUAUUUAUGACGAAAUAGACCGCAGAGAAACUGAAGCCAUAUGGCAGACGAGUGCAACGGGUCUGGAGCGGUCAGGCGUGGUGUUCCUGCCGGUGAACCCCGCGCUGUCAGCCCCCCGCAACCAGGGCCGGCAGAAGCUGGCGCGCCUGUCCACGGCCGAGAUGGCCACGCUGCUGCGCGACGUGCUGGUCGACGCCACGCGCCGCCAGCACAUCGCCACGCUGCAGCCACGAGCACCCACAGCCCUGAUGAACCCUCUGCUGUCAGCGAGCCACCUGAAGCACUUCUCCCAUUUAUCAGACGACGAACCUCUGUACGACUCUGUCGCCUCUGAUGAAGACUACGCGGCGUUAGCACCGAUCGAUUUACACUUAUCGACCGUGUUACCGCGAGCCGGUGAGACAGUGUCCUCCACCUACAACCCGUCGCUCCCGCUGGAGCACACGCUGUGCGACCCGCGCCGGACACACUCGCCCACCAGCCUCGCGCACACCGCCAUCCCAGAACAAAACCCCGAAAUAGAAACGCUAAAGAAAGAACUCAACACUAAAGACUCCACCAUCACAGAACUCAAGAACCAACUGAAGAGCUUACAAACUAUAGUCGAACAGUUAACAAAAGAAAACAGUGUCCUAAAAACCACCAGCAGUGUGGACGACGAUCAGAGUAUGACGUCACAGAUGUCGAUGAACGACAGCAGUAGUAACGUUCUAGAACCUUCUAAGAUGCAAGAGAGAGGGAAAAGUCUCGAGACAGAGCAUUUCACUCCGUCAGAGGAGGUCGACGCGAAGCUCUUGACGAAAGGCGCGCAGCGACCGGUCAGUAUGUAUGAGACUAGAGAGGGACCAAAGAAUAACUGGCAGGUUACUAAACACCAGCUGACGACGCUCCCGAGCCUGGAGCGCUCGCUGGCGCCGCUGGGCGCGGAGGAGGGGGCGGCGGGGGCGGGGGCGGGGGGCGCGCUGCCGGGCGCGGCGCUGGUGCAGGCGCGCGCGGAGGCGGUGACGCGCGCCAUCUCCGAGCUGUGGGCGGCGGCGCGCGACCUGCACCCGCGCCUGGCGCCGCGCGGACACGCCAUCCGCCACGCCGUGCGCGCGCUGCUCGCGCUCUUCCCGCAGUCGUGCGGGGACCGCGAGCUGUCGCUGGUCCUGUGCGAGCUGCGCGCGGCGUGCGAGGAGGUCUCGCUGGCCUGCUCGGCGCCGUCGCCGCUCAACGACGUGCGCGCGGCCGCCUACGACCUGGCCAAGGCCACCAAGCUGCUCGUCACGCACUUCCAGCCCGACUCAUAGCGAUCGCCUCUCUGCUACUACACCACCGUGUAGUGGCACAAACCUCAACACCGUACCGACAUACUACAUGUCCCGAAAUGAGGUUUGCCAUUAACUUGACUGAAAGUGUUCGUGAGUUUUUUUGUUUGAGCGCAGUUUUCUUAAUAAAAAGCUUAUUAAGCAAAGUGAAAAAUGUUAUUGUAAUAAAGCAUUGUGUAAACAUGCUGGUGUUCGACUUGCGUAAGCAACAUGUAGCCUAGGAUAUUUAAGUAAAAAUUACUAAUAACCUAUUUAGUUAGAUAAAAGUGAAUCACAAAGGUAUACAUUCAAGAAGGUUUAAUGUUCGCGAUUAAGUGUUAAAGAUCGUCUUCCUUAAUAUCGGUUGUAAUACGCAGCUCAACAUCAUUGCAGCUAAGAAACUGUAUUUAAUUAUUGUUAUAACGCCUGUUAACUCAUAAAUAAACUAAGCGACAACUUAAAGUUUUCAAACUACGGCUACACUUAAUUUUCUCAUCACUUCAGCUUUUUACCCGACUGCUUCAAAAGGACGGUAAUGUUUUUAGAAGCUACUAUCGGUGAAGCCGUUGUUAUUCAAACAAAUACUAUACGUGUUCAAAGAUGAUUAUUUAUGAUUAGGAAAGAUCAAAUGAUUUUCAUUCAUAACAAAUUACCCUUUAAGCGUCGCAAAAAUAUUUAAAAGUAAUUGUUUCAAAGAAACUAGUUAAAGCUGAUCUGAAUUCUUCACGGUGUUUUUUUAGUCGUCUUACAAAAGCAGCCCAGUUCAUGUAUCCGACGUAAAAUACCCCUAGGCGCGAUUAUUAUAU